CCUCUAAGCGCUAGCUAGCUGCCCCCACCACUAUGCAAUAAUCUUCUCGCCUUUUUUACCAUAUAUAUACACAUAUAUAUCCUUUAGAUUUCCUCCUCCCAGCUAACUCCUUUUCUCUGUCACCAUAUACAGUAAGGGAAAAAUCUGGUCUGAUUCCAAUGGAGAAUUAUACCAUGUUGUUCCCUGGUCCUACUUCUUCUUCAAGCUAUAAAAUGCCAACGAGUGCCAUGGGUGGCUCUUAUCAUCAUGGAUUUAGUAACUUCGAGGGUCAAAUCUCGAACGGGUUUCUGGGUUUGAGGCCUAGUGAUCAAAGCAGUGGUCUGCAGAAAAGAGAAGAAGCUAGAGAUGGGCUGUUAUCUCAGAGCGGGAAUAUGAAGGAUGAUCAGGUAGGCGGUGGUGCCGGCGGCACAGGUAAAAAGAAAGGAGAGAAGAAGGUUAGAAAGCCUCGAUUUGCUUUCCAAACUCGGAGCCAGGUUGACAUUCUUGAUGAUGGCUACAGGUGGAGAAAAUAUGGCCAGAAAGCUGUUAAAAACAACAAAUUCCCCAGGAGCUACUACAGGUGUACUCAUCAAGGGUGCAAUGUGAAGAAGCAAGUGCAACGUCUGACGAAAGACGAAGGGGUAGUGGUGACCACAUAUGAAGGAGUGCACACACAUCCAAUUGAGAAGACAACGGACAACUUCGAGCAUAUUUUAAGUCAGAUGCAUAUAUACGCUCCCUUUUAAAAACACAAGGGAAAGGCCUCCUGGACUCUCUCUCAUCUAUUAAUUAGUUUCUCCUUUCCUUCCUUAUUACAAUAAAAUACAUUAUUAUUAGUGUCACCACUACUCUCUGUACAAUCUUGAUCUUUAUUUUGGAAUGUUAGGUUGUAAUGUGGAAUUAAUUAGUUCUCAAGUUCCAUAUUAAUAUAUACUGCUUUUGGUUAAUUAGAGAAAUGUUACGCAGCAGUAGUAUUAUCUUUCUUUCUGAUGGUCGGUCGAUUGUAUGUCAAUCACUUUCAGGUAUGUUGAAUCUUGAAAUACAAACAAGCAGUUUUGCCUUUUUCCCUUUC